AAUUUUGUACCAGUCUUCCUUCUGUGUUCACAUCCUAUUUGUCACUCGAGAGGCAAACGAGCCUUUGUUUACUGGCAAGAUGGCGUAUCAACUUGCUACAAUGGUGACACCUCUCUUGGUCUGUCUCAUCAUGUGUCACAGGAUAUUGGCCCUUACUAUUUCAUCCAACAACGAAGUUGAAGAACUAUCCGUAAACCAGAGAUCAGUGUCAUGUGAACAGUUAUUCCCAAACUCCAUGGUUUACUGGAGCAUCACACCCUUACAUGGACAGGUGAAACAGGUGGGAAUGUGUGAGGGGGCGACAUGCACAUCAGCAUAUCGUCCGAACGUCUACCCGGAGCGAUUUCACCCUGAGAAUUCCUCCCUAGUCUUUCUGAAUGUCACCCGGGAGUGGGCGGGUACUGUGGUGUGUACAGAAAGUUUCACCAACGGAAGUGAACAGUCUGUCAACAGUACACUGGAUGUUUACUACAACUCAGGGAUUACCAACAUCAGAGUGGGGGUAAACCGUGAGGACUGGACUCUAAAUACUAGUUUCAUCGUCACAAAAAUCUUCUCCGCCCUCGGUAACUAUGGAGCAGAGUUUUAUUGUCACUCUAAGACUUCUAAAGUCAACGUAUCACUGGUGACAUACAACGAAUCGUCUUUCAUAUACAACGUGGGUUACUUCGUGCUUACUUCGUUCAGUCGGCCAUUUUAUCACCGUGAUGAGUAUCAGCAGUUUUGUGCUUUUACAAUCCUCGUUCACCCUGGUGAAAUCUCGAUCAGUUUUGAUCCUCGAAAAGCAGGACAGCUCGAAGAGCCAUCCACGCCAGAAGCAGACUGUCACCUUGACUACGUUCCCGAAGAAGGUCCUUCUGACUGCAUCUGUGCCAGCAAAUUUCUAGGGAGCCCCGAGGGCAGACUGAGAUGGUAUCUGGGAGGAGAACUUGUAGCCUCUGGUGACUACGGAGUCAGACGACUACCGCUACCCUCCGACAUCGUUAACCGCACCCACGACUUUAACUAUCUCGAGUGUGAAGUGGAAUGGCUGUACACUGAAAGAUCAGAGUUGACGAUACAAGUGGCAUAUGGACCAGAUGAUGUCAUCAUUAAGCCCCUCACUAUUACUCAUCUAGAAGACGGGAAACUUCAUGCUGCCUCCCCGGUGAUCAAUGGCCAAGAUGUCUUCUUACCUCCAGACGAUACAUCCGAGGUAGCCCUGGUGUGCGAGGCGAGGAAUGUCGAGCCCUUGAAGUCAGAAAUGGUCACGUGGGGCGGCCUGUGUGACGGUCAGCAAGGCUAUACUUGUAACCUAUACUUCGAAACUAAAAUGGAUGACAUGAAAGAGGUCACGUGCACUGUCACCAACUAUGACAACAACGACUACACAGUCUUUACCAGCAUUAUACUCAAAGUUCCAGAUGGUCCAGAGACUGUCAGCAUCCAGUACCACACUAUUUCUACACCUGACAAGUGCCACGUGAUCCUUACCUGUGAGGCACCUGGGGUCAAGCCCUUAACCUAUGACAUGUUUGAGUGGGGCGGGAUGUGUGAAGGCCAGCAGGGCUCCAGGUGUGUCGCCACAGCCGACAAUGAAAAGGAUGACGGGAGAGAAGUGACGUGUACUGUCACCAAUCAUGUCAACCACGGACGUACUGCCAGCGGUAGUGUCACACUGACGUUGUCAGGAUGUGAAAGCCAAGACCUCAUGGGUAAGGGUGUGGGCAUUGGAGUAGGUGUGACUUUGACCCUUGAACUGCUGGUGGUGGCUGUGGUCGUUGUUAUCUGGAGACGUCGACGAUAUCAGAGAGACCAAAUGUACGACAAACCCAGUCAGGACCCAAAUCUGAGUAUGAGUAACACAUACGAGAUGAUGAGAGCAGGUCCUGAUACUCAUACUGACAUAAACCAAAUGUACGACAAACCCAGUCAGGACCCAAGUCUGAGUAUGAGUAACACAUACGAGAUGAUGAGAGCAGGUCUUGACACUUAUACUGACAUAAGUAAGUUAUUUCUUUGUAUAUAUGCAGCGUGUACAUUACAAGUAAAGAUAAAAUGAAGAUACUACAAGCUGUUUCACAU